AGUACUUAUUGUUUUAUCUAGGCGUAUGCAUGAUAUGGUUAGUUUGUGAGUAAUAAUAUUAAAAUAUAAAGAUUAGAGUGUACAGUAUCCAGUAAAUAGUUAAAUAAUUUAAAAUGUCUCGAUUAGAAGAUAAUAAAAAAGAUACAAUGGGAACGGGUUUUCGUAAAAUAGAUAUCGACGAAUUUAAUGAAAAUAAUUUUAAAGAAGAAGAGGCUGAUGCUAGUUUGACAGGACCGACUGGUCCUGAUGAAAAUGAAAUACUUAAUUUACUUAGCCAAGGAAAACAUGCUGAAGCUUUAAUAUCAGCUUUGAAAGCUGCACCAUUAGAAUCUAAAAAUCAACAAGUUAAGGAUAAUGCAAGAAACGUAACACAAAAAAUAUUAUUAAGUAUAAAAUCAAAUCAAAUGGACGAUAUUAUUGCUCAAUUGGAUAGAGAACUAAUGGAUGUUUUGAUGAAAUACAUUUAUCGUGGUUUUGAAAUACCAUCAAAAGACAGCAGUUCACAUUUAUUAUUGUGGCAUGAAAAAGUUUACAGUAUCAGUGGUAUUGGAAGUAUUGUUCGAGUGUUUACUGACAGCAAAAGAGUUUAAUAAUAUUUAAAUAAUAAAAAUAAAUAAAUAAAGACAAAUAAAAUAGGAUUGUUUAUGGUUGUCAUAAUAAAAAAAUUAAUCUUUGAUAGAA